AUGAAGGUUCUGCAGAAGUUGGGAAAAGCAGAUGAGACCAAAGAUGAACAGUUUGAGCAAGUAGUUGUCAACUUCAGGAGGCAGGAGUCUGAAGGCUCUCGGCUGCAGAGGGAAAUGAAGGCCUACAUGUCUGCCAUUAAAGGGAUGCAACAGGCCUCCAUCAACCUUUCUCAGUCUCUGCAUGAAGUGUACGAACCAGACUGGCAUGGAAAAGACGACGUUCUGACCAUUGGAAAGGACUGCGAUGCACUGUGGGAAGACUUUCAUAAUAAACUAGUGGACUCGACGCUGCUGAACCUGGAUGCAUACCUGCAGCAGUUUCCAGACCUCAAGACUCGUGUGGCCAAACGAAGCCGAAAACUCAUCGACUAUGACAGCGCUCGGCAUCACGUCGAAACGCUGCAGGCGUCUGGGAUGAAGAAUGACCGCAAGAUGAUGAAGGCAGAAGACGAGUUAAAAAAGGCUCAGAAAGUGUUUGACGAGCUGAACGUCGGCCUGCAGGAUGAACUGCCGACUCUGUGGGAACGGUGCAGUCAAGGCAUCAUGGCGGAAAUCAAGACGGGAAUCUUCGCUAAGAACGUGCAGAAGCGGCUGAACAGAGCGCAGGAGAAGAGAAACAGAAACACAACCACCAGGAUUCAGUACAAAGUGUUGCUGCUCAUCCAUUCUCUUAAAAAGGGGCCACCGGUGCCUCCACCACCAAAGGUCACCCCCACCAAAGAGGUUGCAGAGGAGCAGAUCAUUGACCUGUUUGGGGGAGAAUUUUUACCAGCACCUUCACCAUCGCAGCCCAAUGAACGACCAGGAGAAUCUCUGCUCGAUCUAGACUUCGAUGCUUUUCAGCCAGAUGAAAGCGUUUCUCCAAUACCGCAGACAGCUGUACCUUGGGAUAUGUGGUCGGCCAAUGCCCAAGCUGCUCAGCCUGCUGCAGAUUCUGGCUUCGUUGCUGACUGGGCUGCUGACUUUGGUUCAAUGUCAGCAAAUGGAGAUGCUGCUUCAGGAGUCGAGCCCCCUGCUGCCCCUGCUGCCCCUGCUGCCCCUGCUGAAGAGAUGCAGGGUGGGGCUCAGAGCUGGCACCAAGCAGAAGGCUGGCAGCCGGGUGGAGAAACGACCACACCCAUCCAGGACAAUGAGGCCACAGCAACUGAAGAUGAGGUUAGCAGCCCGGAUUCUCAGACUAACCCCAAUCUUCAUCCCUAUGGUGCUGAUGAAGAUGAGACAGGGCAGGCAGAUUCAGGGGGACACUUUGUGGGGCACGAAGACCGUAGGAAGUCCACCCCAGGACUUCUAUUCACCAACGAGUUUGGUGAAGAGAUUGAGGACAGCACAGAGGUCACAGGAGACAAAUGGUGCAGGUCUCCAGAAGGGUCUGUGUCUGAAUAUGAAACUGCUGAAGAGUGGGGUGACGGAGGUCAGGGGGGAGGCUGGGUGAGCGCUGAGGAUGAACCUUCAUAUGAAGAUCAUCCCUCAGCAAACACCGCCAGGUUACAGGCUGGUGGAGUUGAUGGUGUAGCAGCAGAGCAAGGUUCACAACAAAGGGAUGCCACAGACAGAAACAGAAAUAAAUCAUCUGAAAAAGAGCAAAGAGAACAAGCUGACGUGGCAUCAGUUCACAGAGAUCACUCUAAAAGUCUUGGGCAAGGAGACAACAGAGUGUUUUCCUCUCAAACACAGGCAGGAGGUGCGUUUGAUUCAGAUCCUUUUGCUGAAACACAGGCAGGAGCUUUUGCUGAAACACAGGCAGGAGGUGCGUUUGAUUCAGAUCCUUUUGCUGGGACCCAGUUUGGAGACAAAGGUAAUGGUUUUGACUUCGAUCCGUUUGCUGAGACCUCAGGAGAAGGUGGGGUUGUGGUCACAGGGGAUGGUAGAGGUGGGUGGGAUUCAGACCCUUUUGCCAACAGCUUCCCAGCAGCCUCUUCGGGGACUGGGGGUCCGUCCUCCAACACCUCGUCCUGGCAGGAGGUUAGUGGCAGCAGUGGCUUGGAGUCUUCUGCCAUUCAACAAAGCUCUGCGUCCAUCCGUGGAACAGCAGCAGAAGGAAAAAAAGACGUAAACAUUCCAAGAAUUCACAAAGAACCAGAAAAUUCAGACAUGUCCGAAGAUGAGGCUGCAAACCGGAGAUUUGGAAAGUUGUACCAAGAACUAGAUACAGAAAAGGAAGAGGAUGCUGCUGCCCCGUCAUUUUUUGCUGACUUUGAUAAGAUGAACGAAGUGAACAGUGAGUCUGCUGAGGCUCACGAGGCCUCAGAGACACCAACUGCUGGUCCAGCAGAGCCUGCAGAGGAACAAGACAAACCUCCAUCUGCCCCAACUGGAGGAGAGGAGGAUGAGCUUCCACCUGCUCCUGCUGAAGAGGAACCUGGACCUCCAUCUGUGGGAGAAGAGGUGGAGGAGCCUCCAGCUCCUGCUGCUGGGGAGGUGAUGGAGGAACCUGGAGCUCCUCCUGCUGGUGGGGAAGAUAAAGAAACAACUUCAGACAGCCCAAAGGAGGAGAAACCUGCUUUGACGGUUGGAUCUCCAAGUUCUGACAAUGCUGAGCUCGGUCAGAUUCCUCCUGCUGAAGAUCCCAAAACUUCUCCAGGUGAAGCAGCUCCAGCGGAAAACAUGCCGAUCCCGUCUGUUGUGAUUGAACCUGCUUCAAGCAAUGAAGGUGACGAUGACCGGGAUGCUGACAUCAUCUCUCCCACCACCAUUAGUGACAAUGGCAUGGCGACUGAAACCCAGGCCAUGAAACACAUGAGUCCAUCAGGAGGCGUGUCAGGACUGCCUGAUGACUUUCUUUACAAGGUGGAGACCAUGCACGACUUUGAAGCUGCAAAUUCCGAUGAACUAGAACUGAAGAGAGGUGAUGUGGUUUUGGUGGUUCCCACUGCUUCAGUAGAGGAUCAGGAUGCUGGCUGGCUCACAGGGAUCAAAGAAAGUGACUGGUUAACACUUGGAGUUGGUGCUCAAAAAGGACUUUUCCCAGACAACUUUACUCAGCGUUUGGAGUAAGAAGUUGCUUCAUGUGGUGGAAAAAAUAAGUAGAAAUCUUUGUCCAAGACAUCAAGUCAGCAUGUAGCGAACCCCUUUCCUGAAAAAAACCUUUAAGCUGCUGCAGCUGUCUGCUGGACAACAUGAGGCUUUCUCUGGUAGAUGAAGCUCUACUGAAACUAACAGUCAUGGUAAUAAACACUAGUACUCCUCCCAGCAUAAGUGGUCAUUAUAAGCAUGAUGUGAUAGUGCAUUCUACCCUCCUCUGAAAGUGAGAUAUCAUUUUUGUUCAAAGAAAAUAGACGUGUGGUUUAUUGGGAAUGUUGCAAUCUCUACAUAUUCACACCAACUGAAAGUCUGACAGCUGUUUCUUAAGAAAACAAACAAAAUGAGACAAACUGUAUCUACUUUGCACCAAGUGUGUUGUAAUGACUUUGUUGCUCUGCUGUGGAUUUACAGAAACUGUAGUGCUGUGAUCUAUUUAAAUGUUCUUGAGUGUAACAUGAAAUUCUUUUUUCAGACACGUCAUCACUGAUAAUCUUGAAUCACUGUAGGUGUAUUUCUGUCGUAUCAUUGUUGAGUGUGUGUGAUGAGUGAUCUUUUCUUUUGUCAUAUGUGGUGAUGAAUUGACGCAGUAAAGAGUGUUGCUGUGUUUUUGCCAAGAGAAUCCUGACAUUUAUUAUCUGAACAUUGGAAAAUGAACCAAUGCUCAUCCAGCAUGAAACUGUUGACUAAAUCUUUUAAUAAAGUACGUAUUCCAAGAUGAAAAAUAAACAAUAUCUCCACUAUUAAAA